UGACAGAGAGACCUGAAGAGAAAGAGCGAGCAAGGACGACAGAAGGUGUCCCUCUCCCGUGUCCAGCCCCCAACUUUGACGUCAGAGGUUGAGAGACACAAAACAAGCUGCUCUCAGCUGAGCUCCUCACUCGAUUUCCACCCUCACACGCUCUCACACCCUCCAACGCACGUUCAUCCUCAGACACGCCACGAUACUUGCCACAGCACCUGCUCAGUGCUUGGCCGCAGCUCGUGGACGUGCAAUCAUCUCCACACACACACACACACACACACACACCACUUCACUCCGACAACCAGAACAACACUUGGUGAUGUCCAGGACUGAGACAUGCUUUCGUCUCUCCCGAGUGAUGCCUGAUCGUGUGUGAAGCUGCCGACGAGAGCGCACAGGCAGGGGGGGGGGGAGGAGGAGAAGGAGCGCUCAGACCCCCGGCGCCCCAACCCAGACCCCAUCCCAAAGAGCAGCAGAUGUGAAAGAAGCGGAGAGGCGGAGAGAGAGGAACACAAUCUCCCCUUUACCCCUCCUUCCCUCAUCUGUGAGAACAAUACCCAGUCUCCAGUUGCAGAGGGUCAGCUUUUGUCCCUCGCCCCACGCUCCCGCUCGGGAGUGAAGAGCAGACAGACGCGCUGACACAUUGACCUGCUGCUGCGAUCAGAGCACAAAGAGACGCUGCUCGCCACACGGCUUCAUUCAGUACUUGGACAGCUCCUGCGCAACAACCAGUGGGACUGUGUGUUUCUUUUUUUCCCAUGAGUGGGUAGAGACUCGAUUUGAAGCCGGUUUGCUUUGGAGAACUACAAAUGCAGCCCCAGUGUUCGCUCCAGCUCGGCCCCUGCGGCCCCGCUCCGUCCCUGGGAUCGCAGGGCAGCACGGCCGGCCUCCAGCAGCUGGAAGAAAAGCAGCUCUUUGAGAAGUUUUGGAGGGGCACUUUCAAGGCAGUGGCCACCCCGAGACCAGAGAGCGUCAUCGUGGCCAGCAUCACUGCACGGACCAGGGUGGCCAACUUCGAAACAACAGCCUGUCAGCCACUUAAGACCGAUGAGAGGAAAGCAGCCGACACCAGGGUGGAGGCUGCCGGCAGAAAUGGCUGCAUCAAGGGAAAAUCACGCAAACACCACAGCCAUCGCAGGGCCAGGAGCUCCUCCUUCGACGAGGAGCUCUCCCCUCGGCCCAAGGCCAAGAAGAAGAAGAGAAAGUCAGAGCGCAAGAGGAAGAGGAAAAGGUCUCCUUCUUACAGCCUGUCGCCACUGAGGAAGAAGAAAAAGAAGAAGAAGAAGAGCUCCAAGAAAAGCAAGAGGCACAGAUACACCUCCAAGAAAUCCAAACACAGCUCUUCAAGUUUAAAACAUAAGAGGAGGGAUAAACGCAAGCACAAGAAAAGCUCCCGGACUCACUCGCGGCGGAGGCGACGUUAUCGGAGGUCAGAGUCGUACAGUUCUUCCUGCCACUCUUCCGCAGAGUACAGACACCAUCUGCAGAAAUCUGUGGUGCAUCAGGCUUUAGGAGACCUGGCAGCUGUCAGAGAGGAAACUGACGGUGUGCUCCACCACACGGACAUGAAGUGGAGACCAGCAACCAAAUCAGUGUGUAAAACGGCUCCAAAAUAUCGCUCCAUCCUCUCAACCAGCACAAUUUUGUCGUCAAAACCUGGAAGCGAGCUCUUACAGGGAAAAGGGUCUCGGCAUUUAUCGAGCCAGGUCGAAGGUCCGCACGACUACGACUCUGGGAAUGACACGUCCUCGCCGCCGUCGAGCAAAACCGACGUCUCACGGUCGAGUGUCACGGACAACAAGAGGAGCCACUGUCAGCGUCUGGUCUCUCCGGAGAAGCUGAAGUUCACAGACAGAGACAAUGCCUCAGAUUCAGGAAACUCUGUGACCAGCUACACGUCCCUAUGCAAACCUUACAGGGAGGACAGCUUGUCUGCAACCAUUUUCAGUGGAAACGGCAAGAGGCAGCAGAUAACCUUGGGGUGUCAGGUGGAGGUUGUGACACAUCAGAAGAAUUCCAGCUGUUCGCGGAGGAUGAGCGUGUCGUCUCGAAAGCGGCGGAAAACACGUACAUCCAGCAGCAGGAGCAGGUCGACGGGGAGUUCCAGAUACUCCGGACGCUACUCUCGAAGUCCGUCACUUUCAUCCUGCAGCUCGUACUCGCGGUCUCCGAGUUACUCUGACCUGAGGAGACGAGGCAGCGUGGCCAGUCUGAGCUCCAGAGGAAGCUACUCCAGAAGACUGCGAGACAGAAAGAAAGCACCUAGCUACAGAGAGACAGAUGUGAAGACAGCACGGAAGGUGAAUGGGAAGAGACGAAGACGCAAAUCCUACUCUCCGAUGAAGAAAAGAAGGAGAGACUCACCAAGCCAUCUGGAAGCACGUCGAAUCACAAGUGCCAGGAAACGACCCAUCCCGUACUUCCGCCCCAGCCCCUCCUCCAGCAGCCGGUCCACCAGCGUGUCGUCCUGGAGCAGCCUCUUCACCCGCAGCCGCAGCCGCAGCCCGAUCCACAGCGUCAGCCGGAGCAGGAGCCGGAGUCGGAGCUGUAGUUACUCCUCCUACAGGAGCUACAGUCGCAGUUCAUCCUUUAACUCAGUCUUUGGGACCCGCAGUCGCAGCCGGAGUUGCGGUUCGUUGAAAAAACGCAACAGGACCAGGCGUUAGGAAUCCCAGAGAACGUGAAGGCACCGAAGCGCUCGUCGGGUUUCCACUUGAGGCCGAGGACAGUGGAUGUUGGAGCGAUCAGCUGUGUGCGUCUCCGUGCUCUGCAGCAGGAGUCCGACCACGGCGUUCAUUGAGGCAGUCUUGCUCACGCUGCCCAAAGAGGCGGCUGGACAACGAAUGUGUUUUUAUUUGUUUCGUUCUCGUACUGCGUCGUCUCACAUUAGAACGACGACCUGCGACUGUUCAUCUCUCACAUAUUUACAGUAGAAUCUGCACAUAAUCCAACUCCAUGUUCUCCCUUUAAUUUAAUUAUUCUUUGAAAUUAAUUCCUUAUAUUUAUUUUAAAAUUGAUGGAUCUUUAAAAUGGUACAUAAAAGGCUUCAAUCCCAUAAGCACCAGUUAAAUUCUGGACGAAUGAGACUUUUGACAGGACAUGAGACAUUCACUGUCCCAGAUCGACCGUUGACAAGCGGCUUCAGAGGAAUCGUUAUCAGGAAUAAGGAAAAAGGUUUAUUGCUCUGAUCUCUGCACUUCACACGUUGGAGAACAGACGAGUUUCCUCUGAAGGCGGCCUGACGGCGAGCGCGCUGCCUGUCAGCUCAAAUGUGAAAUUAAUUUAUCCUCCGAUCAAAUGUGAAACAACUGUAGAGUCAGAAAUAAAACGGGGAGCGAUUAAAACAUGGUGCAGAGACGAGGAGGAGGUUUUAUUAGACAAAUCUUUAAUUUGCAACAGAGGAGAUUUUUUCCUUGUGGCAAAUAAAAUGUGAUGAAUUUAUUUUGGGGAAAACAUCAAAAACCUUUUUUUUAAAUUCCCUGUUUGUUAUCGAGUUGGGAAGUUGUGUUUGUGCUACAACGCUGGAAACAAACAUACAAACUGUGUUUUUGUUAUUUGAGUUGUUUCAAAAAUGGAAAGUCAAGUUCAAUAUUUCAAUAUUUAUGACUUAUUUAUUAUUUAUUGGUUUGUUGUCUCUCUCAGUAGUUGUCAAUCUUUCUAUGCAACGCUGUCAGUUUAUAGUUUUUAUGACACUGCUGUAAUUUAUUUUUUGGGUUCGUUGUAAAUGAUUCCCUUCGGCACCGAGCGUGCAGGUAAAGUUCCCAGUGAGCAAAUGUUCAAAAGAAAGAGGAGGAAAACUGUAAAAAAACAAAAAAACAACUAAAGUUUGACAUCUUUGGAAAUAUUUUUAUUUGCUUUCUUGCCGAGAUUUAAACGAGUAGAUUCAAACCAUAGCUGUUAGCUUAGCUUAGCAUUAAGUUUGGAAACGGGGAGGUAACAGACUUUGUUGACAUAAACCUGUAAAACCACAAUUUGCUGUUUCAUCAGUUUUGGUGCUGAUGAAGCGUUUGAGACGGGAGGGGACAUAAGCACAUGAUCAAAAGUGAAAAUCACAUUCAGGGCGUCUCCAAAUCUACUUUUUGCUUCUGGCCAAAAGUUUGGUCACUGCGUCAGAAGCGAGGUUCAAAAGUGUUGUGUACUUAAUUAAUCCUUCUAUCCUUCCAUCUUUUAAUGAAUCAGUUGGUGUGUUUUGGGCGUAACAUCUAACCAAUCAAUCGUCCGCUCUCUUAAAGAUUUGGCAGGCAGCAAGAGAAACAACGUGAACUGUCCGAAACUAUCAAAGCCGCAUUGGUUCAAAGGGCCGGAGGUGAUUGUGUAUUCUGAGAGAAGGCCCACGGAGACCUGUAUUUGCCAAGUGACAUCAAUUUACACCGAUUUAGUGCAAUUCUGUUGUGUCACUUCUUCACGUUAGACGGAGCUUCAUUAUGUUCGUUAGUCAGCUUUUGAUUGGCUGCUCGGUGGAUCUGUUGCCUUCACAUUUCCACACAAACAAUCUCAUCUAAUUUUCUCCAUGAAAGCAAAUAAACUAGAAUAUUUCCCUGAAUGUCAAACGUGUUCUUUAAAGUUAAUUGUUGUGGCCGCUUUGACUCCAGGGUUUGAAUCUGCAAAAAGUUAGAAACUGCCUUUCUGUAUAAUAAAGAGAGUUAAUAUGUCUCAAUCACUUGGAAUCCAUCCUCACGGUCGUGUGUGUGUUGUGCUCCAGGCCCGACCGACUGCUCCCUAUGCACCUCAAUCCUCUCGGCUUAUUUCCCUGAAUGUCAACUAAAGUGGAUGAAUGAGGGAGGUACGACGCUGGAAGAGGAUCUCGGCACAAAACUCUAAACUCACGACGACUCGUGUCACGGAGCGAUGGCGAGGUGCCAGCGGAUGAUUUGUGCAGUCGUGUUCAUGACUCGGGCACCGACGCCCCUCUACCGCCACACAAUGUACAGUUUACAUCACGUGUUGUGCAUAAGGAUUUUAAAUAUUACUAUGAUGUAAAUAUGCGUCUGCACUGUAUAAGUUAUACGAAAGCUGUGAUGAUUUGAUUUGCAGAAUGUGAUUCAGGGCGUCGCCGGGUGUUUAAAUGUCGACGCGUUGACCCGUGGUGUCGGGAAACGAGACAGACGCCAGUUGGGCGUCGAUCCGCUGACUGUAGAUGUGUUUGUGUAUAAGAUCCCUCUGAUCACGUCUUCUGUUAUUUUAAAACGUACAAUAACAACAGUCAUACAGCAAUAGUGAUCCAGUGUUUCGGUGUUUAACGACGCACCCUCUCCACUUAUUUCCAUACGAGGGCGCGUAAAGCAGAGGCAAAUGUUUUUUUCAUGCUGUCACAUGUUUUCUGAUGUCAGUGUGAACUUCACGUCGUAAUAAUGUGUCGCCUGGAAAUUGAAUUGUCCCCCAUGAUGCCCCUCCACGUGCGUGUUCAGAUUAAGCUCAAUAAACUCAU